AUGGCUCCUUCUAACACUCAUGUCACAACUCAACUUCGGCAGCAAAUUUACUACCACCUCGACCAUAACCUCCUCCACAACGCUCACUUCCUCGCCAGUCGCUUACAGGCAUACGAUCCUCGCUCUUCAGAAGCUUCAUAUCUUCUAGCGCUGUGCCACCUCAAGCUAGGACAGCUGAAAGCCGCCUAUGAUACAAGCAGAAGUUCUGCCACCCGGGGAGUACAUCUGGGGUGCGCUUAUGUCUUCGCGCAAGCAUGUCUAGGACUAGAAAGAUAUCUUGAAGGUGCUACCGCUCUGGAAAGAAGCAAACAUUCUGAAACUCGAAGACAGCAAUUACCAGAUGCUGCAGCUACCUACUGUCUUCAGGGUAAAUUAUGGCAAGCGCAUUCGGAGCACCAGAAGUCUGUGGAAUGCUUUGCAGAAGCUCUCAAAUUAAAUCCCUUUAUGUGGGAUGCCUUCACAGCUCUGUGCGACCUCGGUGUCCAUGUACGAGUGCCAAACAUAUUCAAGGUGACACCUGAGAUGAGGUCUCAGAUGAAUGAACCCACACGCGAGCAGUCACAUCUCCCAACAACAGACGAGUCGACUUCUACUACCAAUGCCUCAUCUCAGUCAAACUUUAGCAUCCAUGUUUCGAAUCCAGCAGCGUUGGGAAAUGACCCUUUCACGACAACUUCAAAGAAUAAGCUUAAUGGCGACUUCAAGCCUCAUGCUGGUAGUUCUGCACUUUACGAGAAAGCCAACAAUGGGAACAAUCUAGUCACACCUGUUGCGGCUACAGAUGCACCAGUCGAUGAUACACCCUCAGGAAAUGGAGGAAUAAUGGAUCCAGAUUUCUACUCUGGAAAAGGAGCUGCCGAGCCACCAUUAGCGCCUACACGCAAGGCAAGGGGCUUACUUGGCGUGGGUUCUGAAUUCGCCGCGGACGUGCCACCAAAGAUGCGAUCAAAUGCAACAAUCAGAUCGAAAUCGAGGAACAAUUUCCAUUCAGACGAUCAAGAGGAAACGACGCUCAAUAGGGCGACAAGUACUGCGACUGGGGGAGCAGACUUGAAGAGGACCAUUUCUGGCAAAGCAGCACAUUCUCAAACUCAUUCCACAAGACCGAGUAGUUUAGCAGGUACGGAUCCGGGAGCGCCUCAGCGAAAAAGUGUCCGGCUUCUCAAUCAAUUAAGACCUCAAAGCGGCAAAUUUUCCACUGGGGCUAGUUCCAUUUCCUUGAGAGAAGAGAGAGAGCUUAAGAAGGCGAAGGCACCAAGCACGAAAGCACGUAGCGCAAACAGCUUUAAUGUUGGUAGGGUCGUAAGCGGCAAUCGAAAGUUUGGAGAGUCAAUGGACAUUGAUAGUAAAGAGCCGCGACCGACGAUGAACACCCAUAUUACUUCACAAGCAGCUCUUGCGAGGCCGGUGAUCAGUGAGAAGCAAAAGGAGACCGAAGCACUGCAAUGGUUACUGGAGCUGUUUCAUAAGCUUGGUACUGGCUACUAUCUUCUUAGCCAAUAUCGAUGCCCGGAAGCAAUUCGAAUCUUUCAGGCUGUUACACCCAGCCAACGUGAUACAGCUUGGGUGCUUGCGCAGAUUGGUCGCGCACACUAUGAGCAGACUGCGUAUGCUGAGGCUGAAAAAGUAUUUACCCGGAUACGAACCCUCGCCCCAGCUCGUGUCGAGGACAUGGAACAUUAUUCGACGAUAUUAUGGCAUUUGAAGCAUGACGUGGAUCUUGCAUUCCUCUCACAUGAAUUGAUUGAUCUUGAUCGCCAGUCGCCACAGGCAUGGUGCGCAGUUGGGAACAGCUUUUCACUGCAGCGAGAUCAUGAUCAGGCCAUAAGAUGCUUCAAGCGCGCGACUCAACUUGACCCUACCUUCGCGUAUGCACAUACUCUUCAGGGCCAUGAGUUGAUACAGAACGAAGAGUACGACAAGGCGAUGUCUUCAUAUCGGGCGGCGAUCACAGCUGAGAAUCGGCAUUACAAUGCCUGGUACGGUCUUGGCCGAGUUUUCGAAAAGCAAGGUCGAUGGCAUGAGGCAGAGGAUCAUUAUCGCACUGCACACUCCAUAAACCAAACGAAUCCAAUUCUAGUAACAAAGAUCGGUGAGAUGCUUGAAAAGCAAAAGAAUCUGCAAGGCGCACUUGUCAAGUAUGGUGAAGCCUGUAGACUCAACGAGAAAGGCUCGCUUUGGAAGUUUAAGAGAGCUCAGAUUCUAAUGACGUUGGGCCACUUCAAUCAGGCUCUGGAAGAGUUGAAGGUUCUCAAGGAUAUGACACCGGACGAGGCGAACGUCCACUUCGCCUUAGGAACUGUGUAUAAGAGAUUGAAGCAGAAGGGGGAAGCAAUCUGGCAUUUCACCAUGGCGUUGAACCUGGAUCCGAGGGCUUCCCACCACAUUAAAGAAACUAUGGAAGAAAUCGAAAACGACAGCGACGACGAAGACAUGUGA